AUGCCCCCUGCCCAGUCUGCAACCCUGAAGACUGGGCAACAAGUGCAAGUGGGGGACUGGGUUGCUGAAAUCCGGUGUUCAAUCAAUGUUCAGCACAACUGUUAUGACUCAGUAUGUCAGACUCAAAGAACAUCAAUGCCCUCUGCAGCACUUAAUUCCCACCUAAAUGAUACUAAGCAAUCAGUGGUCCACAAAAACACUGACCUUUUCAUCAUAAACACUGCCGCUCUGUACAAUGGCCAGGCCCAUCAUGAAUGGGCCCAAAUAGACCCACCAAGGGUUUCACCUGAAGCAUGGGCUCAGGCAACCCACAUUGGUUUGAGACGGUGGAAAGAUAGCUCAAACAAAAAAUAG